UUGUCCUGGCUACUUUUGGACGGAGACUUGUAGGAUAUGCCCAAGACAGGGUCUAGAGUCCAGGGCUUUCAGAUCGAUGCAAGGUCUGCUUGUCUUGUUAUCGAGAUAAUUCAAUUGAUGGAUUCGAGGCCCGGCGCUGUCGCUCGACAUUUGCUAAAUGGCCAACACUCGCGCGAUAGAUAGAUGUUUUGUUGUAAUUCCCAUGCCCUAUCUGACUCCCUGUACGCUAUAGGCAUCAGUAAUUUGAGAAAGUCAUCCCCGAGCGCAUCCCCGUUUUUCGACAUUAUCCAUCAUCGAGCAUGCGAUAGACUGAUCACAUGUCUCUCCAUUAUUGGCAUCGAAACAGACAGGCCAUCUUACACCCUGCUGCGCUGCCAGCCAGUCAACAUCGAAUCCUCCUCGUCUACUACAUGCGUCAAGCUGUCAGCAAGGACGCGCAGGGAUUGUGAGGCAACGAAUAAGUUCCUGGUCGGGAGCAAUCAUUGCUUCUAUGGCCAUGGUGGUAAGCAUCUGCGUCUUUCAACGUCUGCGUUUGGGAUUGGUAGUAAUUCAGCGAUAAGUAUGACAGACUGUCAUUCGCAUCAGCCGUAUCGCAUAUUCAUGUGGCUCUCUAACGACUUUCUAGCAAACAACUGUCGACCAGGCACCACGUUGGUGACAAUGCCAAUCGCGCAUUUCGAGCAUGGCUUACUCUGUGCCUACGUAUCACGUGCCGCUUACUCUUGCUGUUCACGCACUUGACGACUCGAAUACCAUUCCGUCCUAGACUGGAUCUGGUCGGGUGCCACAGCCUUUACAACUCUCUGCACGGAAACCGUUAUCGAUAGUUUCGACUACUGAGAACCGACUCUACUCCGGCCGUCCAUCACAAGAUGUUUCCGUCUCUAUUUU